AGGAAAAAGAAAAAUAAUGAAGCCAAUUGCAGCAGCAUUUUUCUUCCUCUCAACAUUGUGUGCCGCAAGAUUUGUCGUGGUCGCCGGUAAUGGUCAAGGUCAAGGUGAAAGUGAAGGAAGCAACACCGCUGCCGCCGCGGGGGAGGUGAAUAUGAAGCUUCUUGAACAAGCGUGCCAGCAUUCACCCAGGAAGGACUUAUGCAUCGAAUCCCUAGAGAAGGACUCGAACAGCAAGGGCGCUGACCUCAUCGGCCUUGCCUACAUUGCCGUCCGGCUGGCAGCGGCAAUGGCCGCCGACGUGGACGAGCACAUGCGGUCGUUGCUCAUGCACAACGCCACCUCCUUGGACCCCGUGAUUCAGCAGGGGUUGGCGGACUGCGUUGAGCACUACUCCGAUGCCAACGACCAGCUCGACGACUGCACCGCCGCCAUCUCGGCGAGUAAAUUCAAGGACGUUGAAGUGUGGGUCAACGUGGCGAUUUCUGACGCCGACUUCUGCGACAACUCUCUUAAGGGACAGGAAUCCGUGAUGGUAGAGAAGAACAAAGCGUUCCGCCUGUUGUGCAAUAAUAUUUUGUCCAUAAUCAAGGUCUUGCCUGCUGAAAAGUGAUUUUCUUGAGUCCUCAUCGUACGGAUUUAAUUAGUAGCUAGCUAAAUAUGGUCAAAUUUUUAAACUUAUGUAAUUAAUAUAAAUUAUAAAUUACUAAAA